UCUUGACGUGCGGUAGAUAGUGCAGAUUGCCGCGCAGGAUGGAGGUGGAGCGCGAGAAGCUGAAGCUUCAGGAGCUCAUCAAUGACAUCAAAUUCGCAUGCAGAAAAGGCGCGUACCACAACAGCCUGUCACUGCGGUCGCUCGCGUGUUGCUUCCUCCCCGAAUCCGAUCCACAACGAAUUCAGAAUGUUGCCGUCGACAACAGACUACGUUGCUUGAUCGCACAGUAUGCCCCUAAGCAAGAAGCAACUACCGUGGCGUCUCAAGUAACUCCCCCAAACGAAUCGACAGACACUGUAGCACUACUGCAGUCGCCUACCGCAAUGUUGGAAUCGCCGACAUCGCCCAUCGAGCCUAUGGGUGCUCCAUCGACGACAACAGAUCUCACCGAAGCGCUGGCUGUGUUAAAUCAGUUCGAGCCCGUCCUCUUCCACGCAAUCUCGGGAUACUUGCGGCAAAAGCACGACCGCGCCGAGUCUGUUUGCCUGGAGCUGCUUGUCGUGCUCAAAGCAGCCAUGUUGUCGCCGGAAGGCGCGUCCCGGUUCGAAUCAAACUUUCGUGAUAUUGUGGUCGCGACCGAUUCGGGGCGAAAGUACAUCGAUCUCGUGCAUUUGAAAGCGUUGGCGGAACAUGAAUCCGCUCUGGACGCACAGCCCUCAUCGAAACCUCACUGGGUCUGUCUCCACAGCCACUCGACGAACGACGCCAUCUCACACGAUGGCGCGACGAUCUCGGCCGAUCUUUCCAACCCGUCGUUUGAAUGCAUCAACUUUGUAGCGUUGGGGUGGCGACCCCAUACCACAGGUUCUCGAUCCUUUUCGAUCCACGCCACCCAGCAGCAAACGUCCGACACGCCGUCAGCCUUCCGUGUCGGAUGGACGUGCCUGAAACAGUCGCACCGGGGCGUCUUUCUCGGUGAUGACGCCUAUUCCAUCGGUUUUGACGGUUGCUCAGUGUUCUGCGAUUACCAGUGCAUCGCGUCUUUAGCAACCCCCAUCGCGGCUUGGUCCGACGUUACUUGCCAGCUCAUCUUGCCCUCAAACUUGCUGACGUUUACCGUGGAAGCGCAAGCUGUGGUUAACGUUCCUGUUCCCCAAAGCAUACGUGGCAUGGCCGUAGUCCCCGCCGUCGCCAUCGGCAAGCGCACCUUUCUAUCGACAGUGUGGACUCGCUACUCUAGCAUGUACCCAAGUGUGUUCUCUGGCCUGGGGUAUCUUGGUCCGGUCCCCCUUAGUUCUGUGCCUACCAACGCCCAGCGUCCCGUUGAACUCGUUGGCGACUGCACCGAGUUUUCAUCCAUGGAAGGCACAAUGACCCGGCUGCACCCUUCUAUCGAGUUGUCGCCCAAGGCGUGGACCAUCAGCUUCUUUUUGUAUCCGCUGGCGACGCAGGACAACUCAGAGCCGCGUCCGUGGCGCACGAUCUUUCUCAAGGGCCAGGACCAAACGAUGGAACGGACUGCCAGUGUGUUUCUGAGCUGCGACCGCCUCUUGUUGGCGGUGUGUAUCUCCACUAAGUCUGACUGGAACUCGACGCUUGUGUCCAGCGGGCCGCUAACAGCUAACCAAUGGACCCACAUUGCCGUGGUAUGCGAUGGUUUGACGCUGCGAUUGAUUAUACAAGGGAAAGAGGACCGCACGUUGUCGCUCAACGACGCGGCGGUGCACAACAACCAUCCGUUUUACUUUGGCAAGUCGCCGCCAGGGGUGAAGAAGGCGACCACCGACUACAAGGGAUUCCGGGGGUACUUAAAGCACCUCCAGUUGUAUCCAACCCGAGCGUGCUCCGUCAAAGAAAUUGCUAAGUUUGUCAAGGAUGGAAAGCAUGCGGUCCAAUCGACGGAUCUUGAGGCUGCCCGGCGAGUGCUCGCCCACUCGACGAUCGACACAACGCAGACACUUGAGCUCACCAUGCGAUCCACUCCAGGCGGCGCCGACGACGACUCGCUUGUCGAGUACUUUGCACCUGCGUCGGGCGGAGUGAUCAAGGUGCCAUCGUUCUUUCAAUCUGUCGUGAAGUGGCCAGCAGCGUUUCACAUCCAAAUGACCGUGCGCAUGCACCCAAGCGUGUCAAGAGCGUCCAUGCAAGUCUUGGCGGCGUGUGCGAGCUCCGAUGGAGCGUUUGCGUUCGUGUGGGGUGUCACGGCCAACGGUCAACUCUGUGUGCGGACGAAAGACCGCAAGUUUACGACAACGGGACGAUACAUCUCGCCGACGUCGUCGUGGUUUACGGUGGGGUGGAGCUACACGCUGAGCAACGUCGUGUUUUUUAUCCAUGGCCACGCCGUCGAGACCAUGCCGUCUGGCAAUGUAAACUUGGACCCGGCCCAGUCAAGCCUUGUCGAUUUGUACAUUGGAGGCGUUCCUUUUGAAUGCAACUUUGCGGAGCAGUGGGCAGGCGACCUUGGAGGCGUCAAAGUAUUUCGACACGAUCCCAGGACGUCGCAGUCUACGAUUGCGCACUACAUGUUCUCCGAGGGUCAUGGCACCGGCGUUUACGACAAGUCGUCAACCCUCCAUGCUCGGGCUGUGCAUGAAGAUGGAUGGCGGACCGAGCCCAGUUUGAAGCAUGCACAACCGCCGACGCGUUCCAGUCUGGUGGUUGAGUCGUCGAGCGUCCCGCUGACCGUUCGCAUUCUGUCGUUUCUGGAAUCGAUGGCUAUGAUAUACUUGACGUCGUUUGAAGUGGAGGGUGUGGACGGGAUGGGCGGGACCGAAUCAGGAGCGGUCUGGACGCACGUGUUGACGUUUCUGCUGCUGCACUCUCUUAUCCGACAAGUUUUUGCCCAACAAGGCGACCCGCACCAAGGCCAAGCCAUCGUCGCAUUGGUGCGCGUUCUACGAGCCAAUUUCAAGCCCCUGUCGUCCAUCGUGUCGACGGAUUUGUCCGUUCCGAUUGCAGUGCCUCCUGCGUCGGUCGGCCUCGGGAUUUCCGAUGCGACGUCGUUUGCGCAGCGACUGAAGGAUCUGCUGGUAGAACUGUCGGCGUUUGACGUUGAAUUCGUCGACGAAGCCGCAUUGAAAGAGAUUCACCACGAAGCGAUUCUCACGCAAAUCGCCGGGACCGAAAUUUUCCAUCCGACGGCACAGAAGCGCGCCGACCGAUUGAUCAAAGCGUUGGAGUGUCCCGUCGAAACGGAAGAGCUUUGUCGGUAUCUGCUCUCGCAGAGGCACCUGGUCAUGCAAUUCCUUCCCUUUCCCGACCUCAACAAGCACUCGGCGUUGUUUCCGUGGACUGUCGAGCAUGUGCAAAACGCGCUCUUGGAUGCAAAGUCGCUUACGACGGACGAUGUAGCGGCCGUCCUCGAGCGAUUCCAAAAGGAACCGAAUGUCCGAUCCAUGGCCCCCGAGCAGCUCGUGGUGCUGUACGAAACGUGGCACUUGUACUACCGAGACAACCACUGCCAGCUGUCGCAAGCCUCCUUCAAGCAGCUCUGGAAAGCGCUGGUGCAGCAUGCACCCGCCGUCUCGGGUCGCCCGUCGAGCUUGGUCGACCUGGUGUCGUUUCUGCUGUCGCAAUUGAUUCAGAGCUUGCUGCCAAACGACAAGUGGGACAUCGCGACAAUCUCUCGACUCCGGCAAUGGCAUGCCCCCCGCCGAUACUUCAAAGUAGUGAACUGUCCGAUUGGAGUCCGCGCCAUGCCAAACGUGAAAGCUCCCAAGAUCGGGAAAACUUUGAACAUUGGUCAAGUGAUCGAGUCCAACCACGUCAUUCGUAUGCCAGACGACGCAGUGUUGUACGUGUCGUACGGGGACGGGUGGGUCUUCGAUGUGGAUCCCAGCGAUGGGAUGCUGCUGCUGGAAGAGCAAGUUUUGAAUAAGGCGGCGCCUGUCGAGCCGACUUCGACGCGCUACUCGUUGUGCGCUACAAUGGAAGCCAUGGUGCAUGCAAAGGAAGCGACGUCGACAAAAGGUUGGCUUCAAUUUGAAGCGGUCGGAGCAGGCGGCUACGUCAACAGCACCAACCCGACCACAGUCACAUGCGAAAGCGAUGACAACUGGAUGUGUGCCUUCGGCAACAAGUUUAUCCGACAGGGGUCUGGUGUGUACACUUGGCGCCUUCAAGUGAACAAGUGCGCUAACGUGGGGCAACUUGUCGUCGGCCUCGCAGCAAAAUCGACGAGUCUGGAUAACUUUUGCCUGGGAACGUCGCACAACAGCUACGGGUGGAUGCUGACGGGGGACUUUUACCACAACGGAAAGCGCACAAAAGCCACGACGCUGCCCCUCUUUGGUUCCAAGAACGUACCUGUCAUAGAUCUGACGGUCAACACCACCGCCAACACCCUCGUCGUGUGCAAUGCCGACACAGGUGUCCAGUACGGUCCGUCACAUGCGUUGGAAUUGGUGGCUGGCGAAGAGUACUAUCCUGCCGUGAGUUUGUAUCGGCGCGAUGACUCGGUGAGCUGGCUAAGCCCGAUCUUGUUUUUGUCCGAGUUGAGUCCAACUGAAGCCGUUCCAUCCAUCGAACCAACGCCCCUCGCCAUCUACUGCGCCAAGCAACUCAUUAGCGUGUAUCGCGACGCAAUCCACCAAGGCAUUCCACUCUCAAACGCGUUGAGGUCCAUGGUUGCGCAAGUGGUGUCCAACAUGUGCUUGUGGACGUCCAUGCUCGACGAACGGGACUCGUUCAUGGACCUGAUCGAGGACAUUUUGGUCCAUGGUGAGAAGGCUACCACCGACGACGUGUUGACGCUGGGAUGUUUCGCCGGCCAGCUCUUUGGCGAAAUGAUCUAUGGCGUCGAGUUGGAGCACAUGGUCGGUCCGGAACUCAAGUGGGUGCAAUCGAAGCUCUUCAACGGGGGCGCAGCCAAGCGCACCGAAAACACGUUCCUCAAUCAGUUCAUCGACGGCAGUUGCUCCAACUUGGACAAAACGAUGCUCCGGUUUGUUGGCGGCAGUGCACUCGUCCUCCGCAUGGGUGGCCCAAAUUUGGACCGUGCGAUCCGUGGCGUCAUUGCGUCCAUGCUGUUCCACUGUGGGAUGACCGUGUCGGCCGAGUCCCUUGACGUUGACACGUUAAAACUUCCGCCCAAGGCGCUGCGAUUGAUUUGGCAAAAGGCGGUCGAGCUCAAGGCAUGGGCGCUCCGCUACAAGACAUCGGCUAAUACUACGUACGACGAAAUUGCAGCCAUGUUGACGAGCAAAGUCGAUCUCUUGCUGUCGCUGAUGCCAUGCAAAUCGGAGGAAUACGUUGGUACCGAGCCGCCGUCGUUGUCGCGACGUAUUUCAAUGGGCUCAAAGCGCAGCGGGUCCUUCGACGCAGCCCCCGAAGACGCAGGAUUCCCUGACUGGGAAGACGACUUACUCCAGGCCAUCUACGGCUUUUACAAGGACUCCGACUGCAGUGUCAAGCGCAUCCAGGAGGUGCUAAGCUCGUCGCACCUUAAGGCCGUCACGCGGGUGUCAGGCUUGCGUCGGGCUACCAGCGUUCUGCAUUCAACAAAUGUGGCAAUUCCCGUCAAAGCGGCCGUGUUGCUCCAUCUUGUCGACGUCCUCCGCAGCAAGAGUGCCCAUUUGUGGCACUACCAGCAUGGCAUUGCGGGAUGCCCGGUCAUUGCAAAACUUGAAGCACAUCGUGUAUUUGAGGGGUUUUACCAAUGUAUCACGCAGCUCCUCACCAGCGGAAAUGACGACGUGAGCUGGCAACUGGUGCUGUUGGAUGCGUCUGCGCUUCGGAUCCUGCCUGAAGAUCACAUCAUGCUGGCCAGUUGUCGGGUCUUUCAGGCGCUGCAAGAGAUUUUGGAUCGCACGGGGGACUCGCCGUCGUUGGUGGGCCUUCGGCAAGCCACGAUGAAAGUCGUAUAUCUUCUAGCGCUUCAAGUGGCCAGCGAGGGUGAAUCCGACACACACAUCAACUCACUCAGCCCACCGCAUUUUAAGCGCCAGCUCUCGGGCCCCCAGACGCUCAGCGCCAACGUAUUUGACAUUUUGUACUCGGAAAUGUCCGCUGCCGUCACGAGCAUGCUCGAAGUGGACACAAAUGCAACAUACCGCCUCGACACGAUCGGAAGCAACUCGACCAUUUUGGGCGUUCUGUCGCUGCUUCAGUUUGUGUCGACUUCAGUCGUGUGCCAAAACUUCCUGUGCACACCAAAUUGGUUGUCUCUGUUCUUGACGACGGCUUGCUUUGGUGUGACCGAACCCCACACUCGUGCGAUGCACCUCCUCCACACGUUGCUGCCGUUAUGCGACCCGUCCUUCCUCGGCAUCGAUCUCCUCUUUGACCUGACGACGCUGGCGUGUGUGAGCACCUCAUGUCGUGCAAUGCCGCUGCUCGAGUUCUUCCUCGACACUGCAGGGAUGGCCAUGAUGCCGCUAGAAUCGUCCAGGACGCAGUUGCCUCGGUCUGCCGAGUCGUUUUUGUCGCUGGCCUCUGAGAGCGUCAGCGUGCUUCGCAUGCUCAUGGUGAAUGAAACCUGGACCGAUCUUGUCGCCCAAUGCUUGGCUGAAAGCUACAACUCGACCGUUCCAAGCAAAAAGUUGGGUGUGCUGGCCGUGAUGGGGUCGUUCCCUGAACCGCUUCGGUUUGGCGGACACGUCGAGCUACAGGAUGGCUCUCGCGCUACUGUUGUGGGAUUCAACAGCGACAAGCAAUCGGUACAGGUCCAGAAAACCACAGACCAAACGACGUGUACGCUUGCCGUGGAUUCAGUGACCGUAGUCGCGCGCGAAUCCUUGCCGAUGGCAGCGUUUCCGCCUGCGUUGGUCAACUCGAUUCUCGGUCAAACGGCCCAGCUCGUCGACUCUGUUUACUUUUUGCAUCAUUUUCAAGUGGCCCGCUUGAUCUACAACGAGGACCCGUCGCGACUGAUCGCUUUUGUGGCAGACUAUCCAGCGAUGGCGCUUAAGGUGUUUGGCAUCGGGGCGACGCUCAUCGACACGAACGGCCUGCUCAGUUUGCCGCAAUUGGAAGAUAAAUCCGAGAUCAUACGGAGUGCGCAGUAUACCAACACGUACGGGACCAUUCGAGACGCCAUGUUUCCAGUGUCGCAGGCAAAGGCAGCAGCGGCCCAUGUCGAUGAAGAAGCAAUUUCGACCCACGGCACGGCGCGACUUGGAUUUGCCGAAGGCGUUGUAUGCACCAUGAAGCAAGUGUCGACGUUUGAUGUGCCCGUGGAUAUGGACCCGCGUGCGGUUGCUUGGAUGGAAGCGCUAUUGAACCAUAUCUUGUCCCUCACAGUCUCGGAACUCACACAGAUGUGGGCAACCACCACCACUCUGAAUAGCGUCAACCUCGGCAAUGUCCAGCAAGCCGUGGAAAAAGUUUAUGGGCAGAUUCAAUUGCCGGAGAUGCUGCAAGCGGCAUGCGCAGAGGCCAACGAGUGGCUGUCAAACCGCGACCACUGGGGGAAUGAGUGGACCGUGCACGAAGCUAGCAUUGUUCAGUUUGUCUUGGCCCAACUUACCCACAACCAGAUCUCCAUCGAGGAAUGGAGCAAAAAGUGCGCGUCGUUAAAGGUCGGGUCGUACUUGUGCGCAACGUGCGAAUGUUUGGUCGCGGAUGUGCUUAGUCUGGCGAUCGAAGUGAUGCGCAAUGCGGAUACCGCGACCCCAGUGGUUACAGUGGCCUCGAUCCUGGAAGCCAUGCGUGGAGAUGAAGAGCUCGGGCGCCUGCUUCGAUACCACGAAUCUUUCUUGGCACAGCAACAUACAGUUGAAGCGAGCCCUUCGGUUCCCGUCGACAAAACGAGCGACGAAAAACUCCUGGAUGUCCGAAUUCAGUCGAUGAUUACCAUGGGCUUUCCAGAGACGUGGUGUAGACGCGCAUUGGACGAGUCCGGACAAGACGUGAAUGCCGCGCUCAACUGGAUCUUGAUGAACGGCGACUUGUUGCAGGAGACUGUGGGUGUUGAGGCGCCUUUGCCGACGACGCCACCGAUCGAGGUCGCAACCACCACACCUGUAAACGUUGUUGUGGAUGAAGGGCCAAGAACACCUUCGGUUGCAUGGAGUACAGACAGCACGGUCGAGGCGACGGGCCCAUACUCCACGUUUUGGAACCUCGAAGACGAGAAAGCAACUACAUUUACAGUUCGAUGCCGCACGGGCGCGUUGGUCGGUUUGUUUUCAAGUCCGUCGUCGUUGCGGUAUGAAAUUCGCAUUUCAGACAAGUCGAUCGAGCUCUACUACGAUGGCGCUAUCGUGUGCAGUGAUGCUGGUGCGUUUUGCGACGAGUUGGCUGGUGUGGCGUACUGGGUGGUCCGCACGGCAGACGCCAUCUACGUUGGUCAAGGGAGCCACGUCAAUGUCGAGGAUAGCAUCCUGCAUUGGAAGCGAUCGGAUUCAGACCGUCUGGAUUGCUGUUCCUUCGCAUCGAGCGCCGCUGUCGUAUCGGUCUUCAACAUUUCGAUGGCGCACGCGUACGCACCUGCACGUGAUGGCUCGACCAACGUCACCAACGUCGUGGUUGUUGCGGCAAAUCGUAGCGGCGAAGACUUCACCUUUUGCUUUUGCGAUGGCCAGUCGGCCAACCAGGCCACCACAGAAUUGUUCAACGUGUGGGGGGCAGAUGGCACCCGCCGUGGGUUUAUGGAUGCUAUGGCCCAAGAGAAUGCAGCAGGACUUCUGCAGCACGCAAGCGACAUGGCGCGGGUGCUGCGCAUAUUGUACGCACGCCGACUGGGCUUGACGAUUCUCGCCAUUUGCAGGUCGUCGCUGGGAUCGAUUUUUCACAACCACGAGCAGCUUUUUGUCGAAUUUGUCAGCUUGGUGUCGAACCGCCAGUGGAUCAGCGACAUCGCCGUGAACCAGCCCCUUCAGUGGUACUUGCCCCGAAAGCAAACGUCGGAGGAUGUGUUACGUCCAGCGAUCCAAUAUAUUUGCGCCACAAAGAAUCCGCUGAGCUCGGCGUUGUGUGCGUAUAUGCAGGCACAAAUGACCGCGUUCCUUCAAAACCCCACCGCGCUGCAUUGGACGGACCCGGCGCAUUUGAAAACUGACGUCGGUGUCCGUCAAGGCGCCGACUUGCGAUUCGUACUCCUCGUCACGCAAUGGCUGCUCCCUGUCUCGAACGUGAUCGAGCACUCGCUGUUUCGCACGUGGACCGCGAGUUUGGCGAGCACCCACUUGAACGUACAACAGACGGCUUUGCAAGUGCUCAGCCACCUCUUGGACCAGUCGCUGGCUGCCGGGGACACGGACGCCCUCCAAUUGUGCACAAAUUUACUGUCGUUUCCCCAUCUCAAGGCUGUCACUGCUCGGCUCUUGCAAGCCGAACAAGAGAACUUUCCCGUGUAUUCGCAAUACUUGCAAGCACACGUGGAUUUCCUGGCCCUGUGUGAAAGAGCGUUGCAACAGUUAGACGAGGCAGCGCGCCCGACCGCGCCUCACUUCGAGCUCUUUUUCAAGGGCGCGGCAAGUUGCAUCGUUCUCAAUGCCGACGCUGUGUCGCCCCCGUGGACCGCACAAUAUUCUGUUCGCCCUCGUGCAGGCGGCGCCACGGCAGUGCUCGCCAACUCGAACUCGACAUCGAUCCAGCUGCGAUGUGGGAAAUUGUUCGACGGUCGUCCCAGCCUUGCCAUCAAAACCAAGUUGAACGGCAAGUUGUACCCGUUCCGGUGCUCUGUGCCGGAUGACACGUGGUCCGUUGUAACUAUCACGGCGUCUUUGUCAGCAGUCUCUGUUUACAUCAACGGCACGUUUGCAGCCCAAGUCGACGCCCCCAACGUGUAUUUGCCGCUGGAACAUAUCGGGGAUACCACACAUGGAUUCCGAGGCUGGAUCGCGAACGUGCGGUACUUUGAAUCGCAAUUGACUUCGCAUCAAGUCCAAGUCUUGGCCACCAACGACUUGGCGCAGUGUCAACGAGAGGCAGUUGUGACAGCAGCUACGUUUGACAGCAUCGUCCCAGCUUUGACUGCGAUCGGUCACUGGCCGCUCCACGAAGGCGGCGGGUCGAUUGUACGCGACUCGUUGCAACGGUUCUCGGAUGUGGCGGUGCAGGGAGUUGAGUGGACUCGGAUGAUGGACAAAAAUACCAACGCGACAGCCACCUCUCCAAUCGAUUCCCAACUGAGCGCGGAGCACUUGGAAGACCACUUGGUCUUCUCUGGCACUGGAACGUUCGCUCAGAACCCGUGUGGGCCGCUUGGUGGAGGGUGGAAUCAACCGACGACGAAAGCGCUGGCACUGCGGUUGUACUCGGUGGAUCAAGUACGUCUUGAUGGUGUUGUGGAGGUGAAUUCAACGGUGCGGUGCCUCGUCCAAGGAAAGGCUCAGUCGGACGGGUUUGUCGAGUUCUCGAUCGUGGCCCGACGAGGCGGCAAUGACGACGAUAACGCACAAUGGAUGGACGGCGUGACGUUCCACGGAUGGCAUCGCAAGGGUACGCUGAAAGGCACGUGGUCGGCAUCGAUUACACAGACCAUUCCUCCCCGACAUGAUCCUCCCAUGUACUUUUUGCCGCCAACGACUGACAGCGUUGUCCUAAGUGACGGCGGUCGCCUCGCCAUGAGUGUGCUGCGGAAGAACAAGAAGAAGGCCAGCGUCCUGUAUAUGGGAUUUGGGUCGGCUGGGAUUCAGCAAACGUGGGCUUCCAACGGAAUUCCGACAUCCGACUUGACUAUCGCCGCGCAACACGAAAUUUUGAACCGCACUGACGGCUUCGCGACCGUCCGCUGCAAUACGAUGGUUAAUUGUGGCAAGGUUUACUUUGAGUUGACGCUGCGAACGGGCGGUUUGAUGCAGCUCGGAUUCGUGUGUCCCGACUUCAAGCCUGCUUUUUCCACUCAUGGCGUCGGAGAUCACUUUGGGUCGUACGCCGUGGAUGGGAAGCGCCACAAAAAGUGGUGCAAUGUUGGCUCGGUGUACGGAGGGGACUGGUCAUGGAGCGCUGGCGACGUCGUCGGCGCGAUGGUCGAUUUCGACAACGGCACCGUGUCGUUUUCGCACCAAGGCAUCGACUUGGGGGUGGCAUUUACCGAGCACGAGUGCCCUCAAAUCAAAUGGUCGAAUGGAUUCUUCCCUGCCGGAAGCUUUUCGAACGGCGAAGGGGCGAGCUUUAACCUUGGACAAGUGCCAUUUCAAUACCAGCCUCCGCCGGGGUACGUGAGUGUACUGGAAGCGGCGUCGAUGCCAACGCCCGGACACGUCGAGUUGUACUCGCAUCGCCAAAAGGUGUUUGAGCCGAUUUCGAGCAGCCAUCGCGUGGCGCAAGCGACGUGCCCAUUUCCCCGACAGACCAUUUCGUAUGGCGUGUACCAUUGGGAAAUUCAAAUUUCGUCACUUACAGCCACCGACGGCAUUCGGGUGGGAGUGUGUAUCGAAGGCGUGAAUCCGACGCUCCUGCUGGGCGAAGACCGAUUUGGAUGGGGACUUUGUGCGUCGGGGAAGGUGUACCACAGCAGCACCGCUCAGCGGUAUGCGUCCGUGGGGUUUGUGCAAGGCGAUCGCGUCGGCAUCGAACUCAACAUGUACAAAGGCACGUUGGGCUACUACCGCAACCGCAUCCAUCUCGGGGACGCGUUCACGAACCUCAACUUGGAGCUGCCCAUGACAGCGUAUCUCAUGGCAAAUUCCGUCGGUGGAUUCGUGCCUGCUGUGAGCUUUUUCCGACCACAGUCAAUGGUUGUGUGCCUCGGGUUGAAAGAAGGACGAGAUGACAUCCAAUACGUGAAGAAGAAUCGAGCGUUUUCGGGGCAGUGGAAACAAGGCCAGCGCGAAGGUGACGGAAAAUUGCACUUGACCCACACGGAAGGGUUUUACAUGGGAUCUUGGGUCGACAACGAGCUAGAAGGAGCCGCGCUGUGGUGCGAACCGUUCCCCUUGUGUGUGCCGACCAUGUACCCCGACGUUUGGAAACGGUUGGGCUUCCUCCGAGCGCCAGAUCAUUUGGUCUGUGGAAUAAGGUUCGACGUGUUUCGCCGAGGAGCGGUCGUCGAAACAGGGACGCCGCUGCCGACGGCCCAUAUAGUGACUACCAACCGAGCAUCGCCUUGUUUGAAGCGCGCGCAACCUGUGCCGUCCACCAGUAGCUGGUACACUUCGAUUCAUACUUGUCUUCGGUUCGCCAUGGCACAAACAAGCCGGCAGCCGACGGGACCUCCGAAGCAGCCGACAACCACCAGCAUCUCAAUCGACGGAACAUGGCAAGCGGAUGCCCAUCAACGAUUUGUUUUGAUUCCACCCUCUCCACUGUACGAUUCGGUGUCCAUCGCGGGCGACUUGACGUCGGCAAAGCUGGAAUCGCAUGCGAGCUCGGGGAAUCAUGUUCUUUUUCGCGGCAACAUCGGGAUUUCAUCGGGAGUGCACUAUUGGGAAGUCGGAAUUCAAGCAUGCAAUCACGGCAGUUUAUUCAUUGGGAUCGCGUCGUCCCAGAUCAAGCCGUCAGAAGGAUGGGGCGACUAUGGUUUCGUCAGCUAUCGCGUGCGUUGGAGCCAAGCCGAAGGCGAGCAUCUGUAUGGACGGUAUUUUUCGGCUGGCGACACGAUCGGCGUCCGCUUUGACAUGGAGGAAGGAACGUUGAGUUUUACCAAAGAUGGCGACGACUUUACUCGCGGCCGGCCCGCCGUGAUUCACAUGGGAGUGGCUUUCCGCAACCUUCGCAGCCAAAAUUCGUCGCACAACCUCACGUUUGUGCCCGUCGUGGGUUGUUCGCAGCCAGGGGACGCUUUUACUGUCAAGUCGUACAAGUGGCACAGCCAAACGAAAGCGCGAUGGCCCCUGGCGCGGCUUGAACGGGCAUUGGACGCGGCAUCCGUCAUCCUGGACGACUUUCCAAACCAAUCGAUUGUCCAGCAUGCAACAGCACUGUACCAUUCGUUCAAGACGAUGGGCGAGUUCCAACCGCGACGUUUCUGGACCCGCGGGGGCACACGCAUUGAACUCACCAACGCCAUGCUUGACCGCGCCAUCGCCCGCCUUCAAGGACACGAUCGGUUCACGCUGCGUCAUGGCGAAGCCCUUGUUCUUGGCGAAAAGGACGGCGUGAUUUGGUACGUGAUUCAAGGCGAAGAGGCUGCAGGGGCAUGGUACUGGACCGAAUCGGAGAUAGCCCAUCUGCUCACAAUCAAUCCAUCGGAGAUUCCCUCGGAGCCGUGGAGCUGUGUGGCGUGCACGAUGCUCAACGAUGUAAACUUGUCCAAGUGCCAGAUUUGCGAUACCCCCCACGAAGUGCCACUUGAAGAAACUGCGGAUAUCGACGACGAAAUGCUUGCGUACGAAGCUUUGAUUGCUCCCGCAACCUCUUCGAACACAACGACUUCGUCUGUGCCGUCGAUUCAAGGUUUGUUAAAUGGAUGGUCGCCAGCGACCGACCUCAUUUUGGUGCACGAGAUGGAUGCUCUGUGCGAUGACCUUGGUCAAGACCCUGAGAAUAUGCCAUGGAGCGACUUUUGGAACUGCGUACAACCUCUGGUCGAAUUCAACGAAGACCAAGUCGCAGCUCGUCUGAGCGCCCUUCUCGCGUGGAAUGCCCAUGUCGAAUGGCUGUUGCCGUUCCUGGAUUUCCAUGGGCAAUCGGUGCUCGAAGGACCAAUCAGCCGCACGGCCAACAAAUUGGCGCACGCACGCCAUUUGAUCUUUAAACGUACAAAGAUGGCGUUCUGGAAGGACGUGCUGGCGCUUACGACAACGCACACAACACCUCCGUCCGACGAGUACGAGCGUCCUGAGAGUUUGCGAGAAGUCCCUGUGAAUCGGAUCUUGGCGCUGAACGAACAAGCGUCCUUCAAGAACUCGGUGUUUGGCCAGUUGUACGAGGCAAUGCAUGCAUGGGACAAUCGUUCGCUGAGGCGGGCUUACGCAGAUGAGCUCCAGGAUGCUGGCCAGCGUCGUGCGUUUUAUGUCAAGUUUCUUGGCGAGGGUGUCGACGAUCACGGGGGGCCCUACCGUGCUGUCUUUCAGACUGGCGCGUGGGACGAGCCGUCUGGAAACCUCAAGGUGUUUGUGCCGUGCCCGAAUGCUGUGACGGGUGGUGGGAUGAACCAGGACAAGUUUGUUAUCAGCAGCAGCGCAAGUGCGUCGCAUUUGACGUUUUUGGGCAAACUGAUUGGCAUGGCCGCGCGGCAUCGCAUCAUGGUGCCCCUGAAUUGCUCCGAUUUACUGUGGAAGCCGUUGGUCGGGCUCGCGAUGGACCGAAAGGAUCUGACCUCGGUCGACACGAUGCUCAUGCGGGAGUUGCACGACCUCGAGUGUCUCGGCGAUGCAGAGGUCGAGGCACUGGAUCCAGAAGAAGUCAUCGAGUACUUGCUUCGAGUGACGCAAGCACCGCGAAAUCCACACAUGAAAAAGUGGCAACCAUUCACGUGUGCGUCGCUGGGACGCGUCAUCGAUGCAUGCGUCGCGCUCAAACUCGACGCGAUACGACGGCAAGUGGUGUCGUUCAUGGAAGGCCUGGGGGCAGUGUUGCCGUAUGCGCUCUUCAACUUGUUCACGCCAGCUCAAUUCGAAGAGCUCGUGUGCGGCUCGCCCCACAUUGACAUUGACAUGCUCCAGCGCAUCACGGUGUACGAGGGCGUCGACGCCAUGGCGCCCCAUAUUGCCUUCUUUUGGAAUUGCCUCGAAGACAUGAACCAGGACCAGCGCAGUUCGUUUGUCAACUUUGUUCUCGCUCGCUCACGGCUGCCAAGGUCGAUCGAAGAGUUUACGCUGCAUUUCAAGAUCCAACCGGCGAUAUUCACGGGCGACGACACAAACCCGGACCAUUAUUUGCCGCACUCGCAAACGUGCUUCUUUUCGCUCAGCCUGCCUCGGUAUAGCUCCAAGGAGAUCUGCAUGGAAAAGCUGCUGUAUGCAAUCCACAACUCGCCCACGAUGGACGCCGACUUUGUCGAGAGAGGCAGCGCAGGUUGGGAGCACACAACGUGAUGAAUUAUGGACUGGAGUUUACGUUUUCAACUUGUUACAUGGACACGUCUUUCUCUCGA